CUUCUGAUCCUUUAUGUUAUUGUCACCCAGAGUUCAGUCUGACAAGAGGAAGCCCAGCAGACGUCAGACAAGUGAACAUCAGAACCACAUAGAUCUCAGGAUCUGCAUCCUGGAGGACUAUCGCAUCAAUGUGCUCUCAAGAAACGUGUAUAAGAUGUAUAAGCUUCGCAAGCUGCAGUGUCCUCAUGGCCUGCAGGAGACGGACUUUAUGGACCUGCUGAGGUCCAACUUCCCUCAACUGGCUGCUCAGGAAACUUUUGACUUCUUCUUAACUGACAAAACGAAGAGACUACAGCCGCUCAGAGCGGAGGCACUGACACCAGAGGAGAUCUACAGGAGCAUCGGGCUGAGUGGAUCGGGAAACUCAGCCCUCUACAUCCGCCUGAAGGCACAAGAGGAACUCCAGACCAGUGAAAAAGAGCUUCAUCACGCUGUUAAAGUUUCUUCAUCCACUUCUGAUCUAAGCAGGCUGAACACAACAAGCUCAAGAUCACAACAUAAAGACCUGGAAACAGAUAAAGCUGAGGAUGAAGAUGGUGGAAGAUCGGAGUCGGCCGUCAGUCGUCUCUGGUCUCUGAUGGUUCUCUCUGAGAGCGCAGCAGAGGGAGGCGAGCUGAGCGAUGAUGACUGGAAGCCAGACAAGAGAGAGAAACAUGUGAGGGAGAGUGAACCUGAGAAGACGACGAGGAAGAGACGAGUCAAACAAAUGAAGCAGUCGUCUACGAAGGCAUCGACCGAUAACGGCAACGCCUCUCUGUCCUGUAAAGUCUGCGGAGCUCUGCGUGGGACUGGGAACAUGUUGAUUAAACACGCCUGGAGUCAUGUGGACGAUCCAGAGUGGCUUUGUGGAGUGUGUGGAAAACAUUCAGAGUCUGAAGAGCAGCUGAGGAGUCAUCUUCAAAGUCACCAGAAAACUCAUAGCUGCAACAUCUGCGGAAAGUCUUUCCUCUCCAUCAACGGCCUCAACGGACACGUCGCUCGACACAAAGGAAAGAAACCGUACAGUUGUAAGGUCUGCCACAAAACGUUCGCUCAGAGUUGGGUGCUAAAGAAUCACAUGUGGGUCCAUGUGAGUGAUAAGCCAAACAAAUGUGAUUUUUGCCAAAAAUCAUUUACUUCAAAGAUUGAUCUCAGGCGUCACAGGUUGAAGCACACGGACGAGCGACUGCACCGCUGCAACUUGUGCGGUAAAUCCUUACGCUGCCUCGACGCGUUAUCCAAACACAAACAGAGUCACGCAGUCAGAGAAACGACGUUCGCCUGUCAGAUCUGCAGCAAAACGUUUAAAACACACCAGAAGUGUCAGGUCCACAUGAAGGUCCACGCCGGGGAGAAACCUUACAAGUGCCCCGUCUGCUACAUGGCCUUCAGAUUCAAACACUCUAUGAAAAGACACAUUAAGACCCACCGGGAGGGAUCAGACCUCCGCAGGACUGAAGCUCCUGUUCAGGUUCUAGCUAACAGACUCAACGGCACUAAAAGUGUUGUUAAACGAGGCCGGUGAUUUUUAGAUUUAUCCACAAAGUGUUGUCUUGUUAAAUAUGUUGAAACGUGUUACAGAAAGGAUGAAGCUGGCUAUAAUCUACAUUUUGGUUAAUGUCAAGACAUCGCCAACAGUUUAUUACUUCCUUUCUGCGUCUCUCAGCUCGGAGGAAGAAGAUUCACACACAAUACUUGUUAGAAGAUUAAUUCACAGUUGGUCUUUUUUUAAGAAUUUCAUUUAAGAAUGUUUGUGCAGUGUCUCACAUUGUCAAUAAUUAUCUACAAAAAUUCAAGUUACCAUGUCAAGCGCACAAAAAUCGUCAUUAUUUUAAUGGUGACAGAAAUGUACAACGUCCUUUGAUGAGAAACAAUCAUCUAAAGUUAAUGUAUAAUUUCACAUGACCGUGUUUUUAAAAUUACAGUUUUAGGGUUGAUUUUGUAAGAUUGUUUUUACAGUAAAUUGUUAGAUUUUCACUUUAUGAGUGAUAUUGUGUCAUUGAGUCCAGCACCCAGCCAAUGCCUCUAAUUAUGGGAAUAAUACUGUAUGUGUGCAGAAGUUGUUUAUUCUGAAUAUGUUUUGAAUGCAGCAUUGAUUCAAUUGUCGACAAUUGAGUUUUGUUUACCAGUAAAUGUCUCUAACUGCU